UCCACGUGCAGCUACGGUAUGCGUGCAGCCGCGGAAGAGGGUUUGUUUUGAUGUCACCACACCGGGUCUCCGUGAAGUCCAACGUGGGCUCCUCUUCUCCUGUCAUGUGCUCUUUAAUUGUACCAACAACGGACUUAAUGCCAACUGCGGAGAGCCAAAUGGAAAACAGCGGCCCGGAGGAGGAGCUGAAAGGGACCAAAAGAAAGAUGUCUCUUUCCAAUUGCGCUGUGUGUGGCUCAGAAGAGGCCAAGUACAGAUGUCCAGCCUGUCUGGGCAAUUCUUGCAGCUUGCUGUGUGUGAAGAAACACAAGGAGGAUACGGGAUGCAGUGGAGUCAGAAAUAAAACUGCCUUUGUGACCCUCUCAGAUUUUGAUGAAAUGGCACUUCUCAAUGACUACAGGCUUCUGGAGGAUACAGGACGAUUUGCUGGUGGGGCCACCAGAGACAAACUCAUCCAAACUCCUCGUUCCACUUUAAAAGCAAAGAGACUGGCAGCCAACGCCAGAAAGAUGAAUCUCACAUUGAGGUUCCUCCCCAUCACCUUCACUAGGAGCAAAGAAAACUCGACUGUCUUCUUCACAAAAGAAAAACUGUUCCUGUGGCACCUGAAGGUCAUCUUUCCUCAGAGCAGCACAGAGUUCAGUCAGAGGAGGGUGUCCGACAGGCAAACCCUGGAGCAGAUCUUGACCCCUUAUAUCCACCCUACAGAGUCGGACCCUGUGACGCGCCAAAAGUUGAAGAUGUAUGUACGCACUCCGUUUGAUCACGUGAAAGUCUUCAUGAAAGCGGAGGGGAGAAAGGCCAACUCUGUCAGGUUCCAUGAGUUGGACAUUUACAAGACCCUGAGGGACAACCUGAGCUACAAAACACUAAUAGAAUAUCCUGUGCUGCAUGUUGUACUCGAAGAUCAUUGGAAGGAGUUUCCACGGAAAGGACCAGCUGAACCUGCCUGCAAAGGUGUUGGAUCAAAGGAGGAGAGGGUGGACCAAGACGAGGAGGGUGUCAUCCAAGUUUCUCCAUCCCUACAAGGAGCUUGCAACCCCGGGGGAACCAACAUCUGGGCAGGAACCCCAGAGACUAGCCCCAAAACUCAACGUCCACACGUGAAAAGGGCCAAGAGUGAAGCAGGGAAGGGAGAUCUAGAGGAGGGAGAGAUCAUGGACAGUAGUGACGAAGAGGAGGAAGGAAAUGCUGAAGAAAAUAGUCCAUGUGGUAAGAGCUGUGACAUGGAGGUAAAUAAAGACGAACUUAAAGACAGUGCCAGUACUGUUGAGGAUGGUGUUAAUUAACACAGUUUAUGCAAUGAGAACAUCUCUGGUUCCUUCUGAUGACAAUUGAGCUGUCAGAAAAAAGUGCCGAAGUCAGCAUGACUAAGGAUGACGUUGUGAAAUAGUGGCAGCCUGUUCACAUCACUGUCAUGAUGAAAAUGAGUCGGCUCAUGCUGCUGACAGCUGUGGACUGGAAUGAUAAUGCCCAGAUGUUACGAGUGAAAUGAAUGAGGAGGCAGCCAUUUCUUACAGGAAGUCAUCAAUCUUGUGUCCGGAUACAGUGGACCGAUGCAACCAACAGUGUUUUCAGUUGUUUUAUUGAGAUUGUUUUGAGAAACAAACAGUGGUUGCGACAUUGUAGAUGGAAUCAAUUCAAUGUUAUUGUUUAUCUGUUUUUUUGUACAUUUGUGUAUUGCUGCUGCUCUUCUGAGGCAGAUGCUGAAACUCGUAUCAGGCCAAGCGCAACAAAAAUAUAAUUUAAACGUAA